CGAGUGUGUGCGGAAAUAAACAGGGAAGUAAGACAGAAAGACGGCUGUGUCUUCAGUGUGUCCUCGGUCGGGGUUCGUUACCGGUCAGUUUAACGGCAGCGGACAGUUUCCACUCCCCGGUUUGUGUCGGUGUUUCCGCUCAGAGACAACAGGAUGGAGAAAAGGUCCGUUUGGACGCUGGCUCUGACUGUGGUUGCGGGUCUGACUCAGGUGAACUGCACGUCGUCCGGACUGAACAGGGUCUCUAAGGCUCAGAUUCUGGGCUUCGACUGGAAGAACUGCGGACAGCCCGAUGCUCCGGCUGUACUGAAGACUCUGACUCUGUCUCCGGAUCCGAUCUCCAUCCCAGGAGAGCUGACGGCCGCCGCCUCUGGAUCUACGUCUGUGGAGCUGAACGCCCCGCUGGCCUUGAACGUGACCCUGGAGAAGGAGGUGGCAGGAUUCUGGGUGAAGAUCCCCUGUUUGGAGGAGUUGGGCAGUUGUCACUAUUCAGACGCUUGUGAUGUCCUGAACCAGCUGAUCCCUCCGGGUCAGGACUGUCCUGAACCGCUGCACACCUACGGACUGCCCUGCCACUGCCCCUUCAAAGCUGGCUCGUACUCUCUGCCUCAGUCGGACUUCUACCUGCCCAACAUGGAUCUGCCCUACUGGCUGACUAACGGGAACUACCGUGUGCAGGGCGUCCUGGGCAGCCAGGGUAAAGAGCUGGGCUGCCUCAAAAUCGCUCUCUCCCUUCACUCCGACUGAACCAACACCUAAAAACAGUCAGGAGGUUUCAGGUUUUUGUUUAUUUGCACAUAAAAAUUAAAAUUGGGAAACGAAAGCAGAAGUUGCACAAUGUUCUGACACUGAUAAACCUUGCGGGGGUCAAGAACAGUGGGGAAAAAUUAGAAAACAGAUUUCACAUUUUAUACAUUAGCUUAUAGAUGUUUCUAAUGUAGCCGUCUUUUAAGUCCUACAUUUUACCUGCGUACUACAUUUCUGAAGUCAUUUCAGUUGGAGAACGUUUUUUUGGGGAAACAAGAGCUCGCUUUAGUCUGUACACAGAAAAUCAUAGCUACUGUGUCUGACAGUGAAGCUUUUUUCCAGCGUCGAGGCCUUCGGGCAGCAUUUAUUUCAUUCUUUAUGUACAGUAACUGCUUUACUUUAGUUGCUGCUGCCAGCCACGGUGCCAUUUAUUAAGCAAACACGAAAUAAUGAGUGCCAAAGACGCGACUUUUUUGAAUCUGUGGUGAUUUCUGACUAUCAGAUCAGAAUUUCCCCUCAGUUUAAUUCUGCAGAAAAAGCAGAAGAUAAUUUGAAACGCCUGGAAAAUAAUGUAAGGAAAAUGUUGCUUCAUAUUUCUGAGAAAAAGUAGCCCAAACAUUUGGCUGUAAUCUGCGUGGUCCUUAACCUCUUUGUAUGUCCACUUUGUUUUGUGCAGCUUAGUUUAAGUUGUUUGUAGAUAUAAUUUUAGGUAUCUGUGGGAAAAAUCUGAACAAAUCUACCAGGAGCAGAAGCCCAAAGGGAUUUCAUCCUUUCACCAGCAGCAUGUCGCUCCUUUAUUAGCCAAGGAAACAGUUUCUCUCUGGUGUGUGUGUGUGUGUCGACGGUGAAUGCUGCUGUGUUUGUCUGCGUCUGCCCUGGUGAUGUCUUUCGCACUCUGAGAAACAGGAAGACGACCUGAGAGUCGCUCUCUCAGUUCCCGAUUCACACAAGCAACAUUUAAGACCUUUCUCAUAGAAACGGUCAGUUCAUGGUCUUCAGUGUCCGCACAAACGGAGGCACGGCGAGACAAAAGGAACUAAACACUGGCAGCUAUUCAGAGUUGCAACACAAAUUCAAAUUGAGCAAAUUUCAAAAUAUUAAAUGUUAUUAAAAACUUUUCACUUGGAGAGUUUCUGUGUUUAUUCACUGAUAAUAGAAGGUGAAACAUCGAUCCUUUUUUCAGGCCUCAUGAAUAGAUCAACAUGUAAUUGAAUAUAAACACUCGAAAGCAGCGUUUUCACCCAAUGUACGCCAGUACAGAACUUUUAGUCCCAGGAACUACCUUCUUAAGGAACUAAAAGCUUCUUUCUAUUGUUGUCUGCACUUCCUCCGCAGUCUAAAGACCAGUGAAGAUGAGGCGAAUUAGUCUGCUGACGCACAAAGAAACAUCACGUUAGUUUCACACACAACUAAACAACGCCGUCUUUCCAGCGGUCGUAUGCUUUCUUCUGUAACUAGGUUGAUGUAUUGAAGUGCAACAAACAAAAAGCUGAAAUAAAAUGCUGAGAGUGCUCGACCAAUCAGAAACCCCUCCCAGAAUAUAAAUGUAUAAUUCCUCCCGUCACACCGACCUCAAUAUGUCGCGCUGCUGAAUCUCAUUCAGGUUUUUUCUCUUGCACAGUAUUUCACAUUAUCGGGGAAACUUUGCUAAUAAACCUUAAAACGCUCGGUACGAUCUGAUGUCAGACUGGUCAAAGAGUUUGAAUUAAAGGGUUUGUUUGAUCAUUUUGCUGCACACUGUUUUACCAUUUAAUCCAAUGGAAACAUAUAUUUGGUGGGGUUUUUUUAGAUGAGAUGCUCUUUUUUUAAAUGUUUUUUACAGUAAUAAUUCCCUUCUUACGCUCUGCUUUUACAACUGUGUGUGAUGUUUUUAAAGUGCUUUCAGUUCUUUCAAUCAUUGGUUUCUUAUUUGAUGUUAUGAAAAAGGGUUUUUGAAGCUCUGCUGGGAAUUAAACAGCGCUCGUCUCAAAAUAUUCUUUCAUAUUUUAUCCUUUGUUAUCUUUGUUUAUUAUUUUUACUCUUUAUUUUUACUAAGUGCCUGAUUAGAUCUUCAUCUACAAACAGCAAUAAUGAAAAUCAGUCAUAAAGCAGAGAGAUAACUGGUUACGGUUGAUGAGUUAAUUAUGAUUUUAAUUUAAUUUUAACAUUUCCUACAGUGUUGAUAAUGAUGACAAAUGAUGGAAUCUGAGUCAUGCUUGUGGUUAUUUCUACACACUGUACAGUUUUUAAUAAAUAUUAUCCCAUAAAUUCUG